GUGACGAACUUCCUGGUCACACUUUCUCGUAGGUCCCAUCGUCCCCGUAUAAUUAAUGGAUACGUGUUUGCUCCCACAGUCAACAGGGAGGACGUGGUCUGAAAGCGUAGACACAGACUCAAAAUGAGAAGAAAGAGCAAAUUAUCUGCCUGGAGAAAGCUGUCACACAGCUAGCAUGGUCGGAGCCAGAUAAGAAGAGUAGGCUAACUACAAAUGCUAUUUAUGUUCCGCCUAGCCCAAGGACGUACGAGGAAGGCAAACACAGGCGAGACUGGGGACGAGGUGCAGGAUCUUGAUGGCAUUUGCCAGAGCCAGGAAAAGGGCUGUUGAAAACCUAAAGAUAUGAGCUGGGAACACGUUUGGAUAUCAUGUCUUGACUACAAAAUACGUAUUAUCCGCGGAUAAACUGCAGCGGCACGUCAGAAAUAAAGGCCUCUGAUGGAGGACUGUGCUCUUUAAUCCAGCCAGAAACCUCCCUGACAGGCAGCGACAAGCUACGGCAAAGGGUGAGGUAAUCAGGGGGGUAAACUUGGCUAAAUAUUAACGCGAAAUGUAUCAAAGGCUAAACUAAUGUUGCGAAAUCGCUGAAUUUCCCUUUGCUCCUGCGGAGAAUGGCUCAGUCAAAACAUCGCCGAACAGCUGUGAUAACGUUUGUUCCAGUCCUUCAGUUUUUCUUCCUGUCUUUUUCUGUUCAACAGGACGCUUUAUUCACAAUUGCAGGGAUUUAUGGGAUCACAAGUUUCCUCUGAUGAGAUGAGUGUGCGUGCUGGCCAGGGCAGUGAUGAGGUGCUGGUUUCACAGGCGGUGUGGGAUUACCUGGCUGCAGCUGGGCGGCCCUGGCUCAUUGACUUCCAGCACAAGCAGGGGAUGAGCGCUGGUAUCAUUAGGCGAGGAGAGAGGGGGGGCUGCUGCGCUGUGAGGCUGCAGCCGGUGGAAAGCUCCAGGAACGGUGGAGCUGUGGUGAUGGAUGGACCCAUCUCCAGCGAGACAAGAAAAGCCUUCUUUGACUUAUGCCGCUGUGCCCGCAAAGAAAUGAGCAAACAGGACGGGGGACCCAAGAGGAAGAGGACUCUUCUUCCCUUUGUGGGAGUCCUGGAGUCAAACGGAGAGGGGAGCCUGCUUCAGCCUCCACCUCCCCAGCCCCGGCGCUCCCAGAGACAGCAGCAGAGGUUCAGGAAGCCUGCUGAUGAGGAGGCCUAUGCCAUGCUCCACGAGGCAGCCCAGAGGAAGGACAUGGACUCCAGCUUGGCUUCCAAUAGUGAGGCGGAGGACAACAGUACUUGUUCAAUCUGCAUGGGGGACAUAGUGGAGAAGACUACCUUGGAGAGGUGUGGCCAUUCAUUCUGUCACUCUUGCCUUGAUCAAGCCUUUAAGGUGAAGAAAGCGUGUCCUGUGUGUCGGCUAGUGUAUGGCCUGUUGAUUGGGAACCAGCCUGCUAAUGGUACAAUGAUCGUAGAGCGAGAUCCUGAUCUGGAGCUUCCUGGCCAUGAAGGCUAUGGGUGUAUCUGCAUCAUCUACAGCUUCCCUCCUGGCCUACAGGCGCCAGAACACCCCAACCCAGGUGUUCGGUACCCAGGAACAGACCGUGUGGCCUACCUCCCUGACAGCCCUGAGGGGAACCGUGUGCUGGGCCUGCUGCGCCGGGCCUUCGAACAGCGCCUUAUCUUCACCAUCGGUACCUCCAUGACUACGGGCAUGCAAAAUGUCAUCACCUGGAAUGACAUUCACCACAAGACCUCAAUAUGGGGCGGGCCCCGCUGUUUUGGCUACCCAGACCCUACUUACCUGGUACGAGUGACAGAGGAGCUCAGAGAGAAAGGCAUCACGGCGGACUGACAGCAUGAAAAAUGACUCUUCCAAGACUUUGUAGGACUUUCCGAGUGUCCUUGUGGUGGACAUGACUCGGCUCCAGGUUGUGCUCUGAAACUGCCCGUCCCUUAAAGGACGGCUGAAGACAAGGCCCUCAGCAGACACGCUCUAAUGCUGCAGUAGAGCCCACUUCACUCCACUACUUAUUCCUCUGUUUGUUCAUUUUUUUCUUCCAUAGUUCAGCUUAACCCAGUGCUACAUGUGGAAGAAAACACUAUGAGUGCAGUGCAUUCUUGUAUUCGACAAUCCUCUACUUGUCACUGUUGGCAACAGGGCCCAUAUCUGAUGCACUUAUUUAAGAGCAUUGUGGCAAGUUGCAAUUCAUGGUACUUAUAUAUUAUUUAGGAAAUCUAACUUAAAUGUUAUAAAGACAGUUUUUGUUAUAUUAAUGUUUAUUUCUACUCUGGGGGAUUACUUUAUUUCUUACAAGCACACGUUCUUUGUUUUAUCUCCUCAGAAGCAUUUAAGUAUGUCUUGAUUGUUACUAAUUACCUGUUGGGUACUUGGGUUAUAUGGCAGAAUAGCACUGCUUCAAUAGAAAUAAUUCAUUUUCAGAAGUUAUUUCUGAAAGUUAUAUCUAAAGCACUCACAGGCACUUUUGUCUUCUUUUCUUUCUCAGUGAAGUCAGAGUCAUGGUUUUUGCUUCCUCUGUGUGGAAGAGUGCUCAGAGCAAACAGGUUCGUGCAGCUAUCAGCUAUUAGCAUGGUGGCUACAAGUUGAUGUCAAUUGCUUGGAACUCUUCAUUUGCGUAGGAUGUUCAUUUUCCCCCUCCAUUUUUACUUAAAUAGGAAGAAUGUUAAACUAUGUCUUUCUUCAGCACCUUUUCUAAUUUCUUUAGAAAUUUGUUGUUUGCCAUCACUCACUCCUGUUAUUUCAAGAUGUCUCCCAGGUGUUGAGCCCAUUACCUCAGUUGUUGGUAAUGAGCUCAUCUAAUUACCAGAUUUAUGACGAUGUCAAAUAUAAAAGGGCAUAUAGACCACUUAAACCAAAUCAAAGGCACAAAAGCUCUUUAAAUAUCUAUGCCUCUGUCCCUGUCAAAUUUGGAGAUUUGCCUGCUAAUCUUCUCAUUUAAAAUUAGUUCACUGUUGUAAAUUUCUUUAUCUAAAUAGAUAAUCUACGAUACACAGUGAAAAAAAUAACUAAAGAAAAUGUUGCGGGAACAAUUGAUCUGAUUUAGGGUGGGGGUAAUGAUCUUAUUUUGUUGUGCCUUUUCUUAUAUUCACUUUUGAUAAAAAAUCAAGCAUGAUGUUACUAAUGAAUGGUAAGCAGUUUAGGCGUAUUUUGUUGUUACUUGUUAGGUAAAGAGCAUUAUGUUUGUAGUUAUACUAUCUGGCUUUAAGUACAAAUACUACACAUUUCAUUAAAAUAUGUAUACUAAUGCGUAUAAAAUGAUCUCCUUCAUAAACAUUCAUGUAGUCCAAAUGCUGAAAAAAGCCCUCUGACUGAUGAAGCUGUAUGUGUGAAAGUGCUUUGCUAAGUGCAGUAACCUGCUUGGCUAGUGGUACAUUUGUCAUUAAUUUGUCAGGUCAGAUCCAUAUAUCAAUUACCAUUUUUUAUGUUUUCAUCCCCUUUGUAUUUUAGUUAAGGGACCAACUGAAAUAUUUUGGGACACAGGAUUGUAGUUCACUAAAGCUACUGUGCAAACAUUUCUAUGCAUUACAUGACUGAGGAGGAGCCAGGAGAAUAGUUGGAAAGAUUACACAUAUUACAAAUUGAUUGUUAAGAAAAAGUUGGGUGUUUUGCUUUUCUAAUUGUGUUGAUUCGUACUUUGUUGAUAUUCAGAAUAAUGUGCUUUACAUUUUAAUACUUGAAUAAAAAGUUAUGUUUGG